UGCUUCCUGACAUUUACAGUAAUUGUAUAAAUAAUAUACAGUUUUAGAAUGUUUCCUGGCCGAUGAUAUUUUAAGUUAUUUUUUGUCUAGCAAUAUCAGUCUAAAUCUCCAAUUAUAGCUCAGUUUUUAAAAAAAAGCAUUACUCAGCAGGAAGUCUACCUAUCUCUAGUCAUUUACAAAACAGCGCACAGCCUGUUCUGACAGAUGUCAAGCAGCUGAAGACCUGCUGAUACAUCAACUUACAGCUGAUACAACUUAUCACAAAAUACCAAUCACUCAUGAACAAUACGAUGACCACUGGCAUCGAUUAUGAUGACGUACCCGAUAACACCCAUGUUGAUAUGCUGCGGCAUUACUUUUUGCCAAUUCUGUAUUCUGUCACCUGCAUUACUGGACUGGUUGGCAAUUUACUCAUUAUUAUCAUCUAUGCCUUCUAUGAGAAAAUGAAAACUCUGACCGACACCUUCAUGGUAAAUUUAGCGAUGGCGGAUAUACUCUUUCUCUGCACGUUACCAUUCCUGGCAUAUCAAGCAGCUGAAGGCUGGAUCUUCGGCAAACUCAUGUGUAAAAUCAUCCGGGGAGGGUACAGAAUAAACUUGUACAGUUCCAUGCUCAUUCUCACUUGCAUCACUUUUGACAGGUUUAUUUCCAUAACACAGGCUAAAAAAUUAAAAAUAUCCCAUUCAAAGAAACAUAGGUGGGGAAAAUUAGUCUGUGUGAUUGCAUGGGCAGUUUCACUGAUACUUGCAGUGCCGCAAUUUAUGUUUAGUGGAAGAGAAGAGCCUAAAUGCUUUGAAAUUUAUCCGGAAGGGCAUAAAUAUCUAAAUCUGAUAGUUAACUCAUUUCAAAUUACUGUUGGUUUUUUUGUGCCAUUAGCAGCAAUGAUUUUUUGUUACACUUUCAUAAUAAAAACAUUGAUCUUUUCUAGCAAUUUUCAGAAACAUAAGUCAUUAAAAAUCAUUUUUCUAGUUGUGAUAGCAUUUAUUGUAACUCAGCUACCCUACAACAUAGCUAUUUUAUGUCAUGUUUUAUACAAAACCAUAAAUGCAAAAGUUUUGGUCAUAACGGAAGCUAUAGCAUACCUGCAUGCAUGCAUAAACCCGAUCUUAUAUUUUUUUGUUGGCAUAAAGUUUAGAAAAAACUUCUGUAAAAUACUGGUGGAUUUACAUUUGGCCAAACCAAAUUUGGAACUAUCUGAUAAUCUGAAGACUACAGACAGAGAUUCUAGAAGUAUUUCUGCCUUUAACAAUACAGAAACCAUUACUAUGCACCAGUUGUAAAAAAUAUAAUAGAAUACAAAUAUGUAAACAUCCCAUUGCCUAGAGAAAACUACAAUUUUUAUAUUCCAAUGAUCUAUAAUGACAUUUAUUUUCAUGUAAAUAAUAUCUAAUAUAAUUGUUAUAUAUUGAUGUUUUGGUAGAAAUAACAAUUGCCACAAAUGUUGGCUCAAACAUCAAUUUCCAUGAGUUACUCCUAUUUACUUGUCCCCUUUCUGACUACUACUGUAUAGCAGUGCCUGAUGAUGUUACGCAGCUUAUAGGGACCAAAGGCGAUAAUGGCAAAACAAACUGAGGAAAUGCAGUCAUGGCAAUGAUGUGUCUUGGCGUGAAUGGGUGGCAGAAAUGAAAGGAAUGGAGCAUAGUUUCUUUGUAUAUAAAUACAUGGUACUUUGGGAAAGAAAGCUCCUGUCACACAUGCUGUCAACAACAUGUAUUUAAUUAUAUCCAUUUUUUCUUUGUAUUUGUAUUUAAUGAACCAUUUUUUUUUGUACCCUUUGCUUUUUGUAAUAUGUAUACACUUUGGUGCUAUGUAAAUAAAAUAGAGAAAU